AUGCACAUAAAUGUAUCGUUCAAUUCUGAAACUGUUGCCUCACUUGAAGACGAGCACAAGCGUCUUAAGAAGCAGCUCGAGACUACACACGAGGAACGCGUUCAGGCAAUUCUCAAUGAGAAGAAGAGAACUGCUACGCACGACUAUCGGCAAGCACUUGCUAUGCAUGACAAAUCUGCUAACAAGCACCAUGUUCUGAAAACGCUUAAGACAUAUAUAAGAUCUGAGGAAAAGGACCGAAUUCACACUAUUAAUCGAUACCGUCAUUUACUACGUGUGGAUCAAGCUGAAGCUGCAGCGUUCAAACCCACGGUCCUACAUAGACUAAGGUACAUCGNUAUCAAUUUUCAGACUGUUGCCUCACUUGAAGACGAGCACAAGCGUCUUAAGAAGCAGCUCGAGACUACACACGAGGAACGCGUUCAGGCAAUUCUCAAUGAGAAGAAGAGAACUGCUACGCACGACUAUCGGCAAGCACUUGCUAUGCAUGACAAAUCUGCUAACAAGCACCAUGUUCUGAAAACGCUUAAGACAUAUAUAAGAUCUGAGGAAAAGGACCGAAUUCACACUAUUAAUCGAUACCGUCAUUUACUACGUGUGGAUCAAGCUGAAGCUGCAGCGUUCAAACCCACGGUCCUACAUAGACUAAGAUACAUCGACUUGCGCAUCAAUGGUACUCUGGCAAUGCUUCGUGACUUCCCGGAUCUAGAGAGUCAAGUGCGACCAAUCGCUGGUAAGCAGCUAGGUGGAAUAUCAAUAAUAACAAUGAUUUAUUUCAUUGUUUGA